GCCUUUUUAGGUUUUUAUAUAAGGACAAUGUUCCAAUAUAAGCCUAAAAAAGCCCUAGGGACGAAGUUGUAAGCCUUUAAUAUUUUAAAGAAAAAAAUAUUCCUAAAAUUCUUUAUUUUUGUUAUUGUCAUUUUUAAAAAGGUAUUUAAUUCGUUUUUUUUAAAAAUAAUAUAAUUCAAACUAAAAAUAUUUGUUGUUUUUGAUGGUUAACUUCACAUCAUGCGUGACAUUCUUCACGCUUCAUAAAAUUUGUCACAUUUGUUGCACGCAGCUUAUUUCCAUGCGUCCACACCUCGGUAAGCACGUGAAUUCACGUGAAGCAAGAAACAUUGUUCUAACAGAAAUGCCGUCGUACAUGCUAAAAAUGUUUUUAUUUUCAUUUUCUUUAAUAAUCUUAUCAGGUCAAUUAAUUCAUUCUCAUAUAGCCACGUGGAAAGUAGAUGAAAGCAACGAAAUGCCCAACAUUCACAAUUUGAAGAUAACAAAAAAAGAUGGAAAGGAGAGAAAAGUUGUUGAUAUAAUUCGGGAAAAGUUUGAAUGUGAUUAUGCUCAUAAAAUUGUACGAGAUAUACACAGUGAGAAAGAAAUGGCUUGGAACGAAGAGUUGGCUUAUCAAGCCGAACAAUGGGCAAUACAUUUAGCCACGGACGUUGGAAAAAUAGAACAUUCUUCCUUCACCUUUCCAAAUGGAUCGCGGUACGGUGAGAAUCUCUACCAGCUAGAUCACGGUGCACCAGCUGGAUGUAAUUUAGCUGUACAUGCUUGGUAUAGCGAAGCUCAUGGUUAUAACUACAGUCACCCAGGUAAAACCUACACUCAUGGCCACUUUACUCAACUUAUUUGGAACCAAACAACACACUUUGGAGUAGGAAUUGCCUUUGAACCAAAAUCAACAAGAUCAUUUAUCGUUGCUAGGUAUGUACCCCCUGGUAACUGGGAUUUCGAUGACUACAAAAAAGAUGUUUGGAGACCAAAACCAGGUUCGCACAUUCCUACUAUAAAAGAAUUGCUUCCAAUUGGAUCACGUGAUCCUUUGUUGGUCGAUGUGGGUUAUUACAAAGAAGAUAAUGAUAACAAGAAACCUCCGUGUAUCGAUACGACUGAUUGCUCGUAUUAUAUUCAACAAGGAGAUUGCACACAUCCAACGUACAAGAAAGCCAUGCAACAGAUAUGUUACAAAAGUUGUAGUGGAUGUACUCCAGGUGACCCCAUUGAUGGAGGGUGGACAAAUUGGCAUGAAGUUGACAUAUGUACUGCAACUUGCGAUGGAGGGCUCGUUAUGUCGUAUAGAUUUUGUACAAAACCUUUUCCAAAAUAUGGCGGGAAACCCUGUGAAGGGCAACGGGUAAAGAAAACUGAUUGUAACACACAACCAUGCCCGGAAAAAAAUGCUGUAAAAACAACCGCGGUAACAAGUGAGGCUAGCACAACAAAGAGUCCAAACAAAAGUCCCUUACGCACCACCAGUAGACCAUUCGUGUAUUCCACCACUAAUUCCGGAGAAACAAUCACCAAACAAGCAUGCAAGGAUAAAAAUAAAUGGUGUCCAGAAUAUGAAAAGUUAGGUUACUGUACCGGUAGCAAGUAUUCACAAUGGAUGUUUUUAAAUUGUAAAUAUUCAUGUGAUGUGUGUGAUAGCAAAAGAUUUAUACCUUAAUAAUCUUAACAUAAGGCUAAACAAAAUUAUUUAACGAAUAUUGAUAAUCAACAAACGCAUAUCUAUAUUUGACGAUUGUAUACUUUCAUUCAAUAACGUUUAGUUCUUGGUUUAAUUUGAUAAAAAUAACAUUAUUUUCAUAAUUUAUUAGGGCUUACAU